UCACUCUGUUGCCCAGGCUGGAGUGCAGCGGUGCGAUCUCAGCUCACAGCAACUUCCAUCUCCUGGAUGCAAAUGAUUCUCCUGCCUCAGCCUCCCAGAAGUUGAACUAAUUGACACCUACCACCGCUUGCUGGAGGUUGAGGACGCCCAGUGAGUGUGCACCCGGGCUGGAGAAGGGAGGAGGUAUGGCCCAGAAAAGAGACACAGAAAGGUAAUCCAAGAGGGCUUUCUGGAGGAGGUGGCAGCUGAGCCUAGAGGUGAAUUUCGUUGGGGAAGAGGGAGUGAGGCCUAGGCAGCUUAGGCCAUGACCCCCAUGGUGGGAGACGGCUGCAUAAGGGUCUCUCUCCUGGCAUCCAUCUUUACCCAUGCCUGGACAUCCUACCCCCAUCACCCUUUAACCCCCGAGGGCCUUGGCUGGGUCCCAGAAAUUCCCAGGAGGGUGCUCAGAGAAGACCACGGGGACUCUCAUCACCCCCACCCUGGCUCACUUCCAAAAAGGCUGCAAGAAGGGUGUUGGAGGGUCUCCUGGAGGCUGCCAAGGGCAUUUUCUCAUGGAGCCCACGUCUCUCCCCGAUCGUGGUGGCUGUGAUCGGUAAUUCCAGGUUCAUACUGGCUACAGGUGGAUGAUGCCCACCUGGCUGCUGAUGACUUCUGCACCAAGUGAGGCUGGGUCUCUGGAGCUGCCCCAGGGGCUGGACAAGCUGACCCUGCCUGGAGCCAACCUGGAGAUGCAGCCUGAGAACCUCAAGGAGGACCUGGUCUACCUGAAGAAGAACCACGAGGAGAAGGUUCUAGGUCCCAGGGAAUCCAAGGCUCAACCCAAGGAUAGAGAUCCAAGGUCCUGCCGGGGCGGUCAGGAGGUCUUACAUGCCCUGUCCUGUGGCUUCCUUCUCAGCCGAGCUCUGUGCUGCUCUAAGCUGGGGGAGCCUACUCCCCGAGAAGCAGGACACCCGGAAGGUGUUUCCCCCUGGCGUUGAGGCUGGUUAUACAAUUGCUUUCCUCCAGCAGAUUAACAUUUGCUAACGGGGCCUGGCGCGGUGACACCAGCGUAAGGUUGCUUUUUGCAUGCCUGUGCUGUGGGGUUGGUGGGGUUGGUGGUGGGGGCAAGGCGGUGGUAGGGGCGAGGCCAGGGCAGUGAGUGAGGUCGCCCAUGGUCAUCCUCCACCGUGCUGGGGGGUUGUCAUCUCUCGGGGCUUAGCACUUGCUGGGGAUGGGUGAAGUCCAGUCCCGAGUCACAGUGUGUGUUGGGGGAGGUUGCUGAUGUUCAUAGCCCUGUAUGUUUGAGUAAUGACAACAUCCAUCUCCACCUUCAGGGUGAGGAGCUGUUGGCCUAUCUGUGUCUGUCUGUCUGUCUGUCUGUCUGUCUGUCAUCCGUACCUGUCUCUCCGAGGGAGAGAAGGCAGGCCCCAGGGUCUUUCCCCAGGAUGGCCUUGGGUGAGUUCCUGCUGUCCUCUCUGCCCAGGAAAUGAACGCCCUUUGAGGUCAGGUGGACGAGGAUGUCAGUGUGAAGAUGGACACUGUGCCUGGAGUUGAACCUGAGCUGCAUCCUGAAUGAGAUGUGUGACCAGGACAAGAAACUGGUGGAGAAGAGCUGCAAGGAUGCCCAGGGCUGGUUCUUCAGCGUGGUGGGUGGCCGUGUGUAAGCAGGUGUGCACACGUGUGGGCACAUAUGCUGUGUGCUGGUGCAGUUGGAACACUGGCAGAUUCACAGGCUGUCCCAGUUGGAAGGACUUUUGGAAACCAGUCGGACCAGCCCUUCAUGUCUUCGAUGUAAAAUGUGAGGCUCAGAGAGGACUCAAGCUCACACAGCCCUUCACUGUGGCCUGCAAAAUAGCUCCAGUUCUCUGCAAGUCUGGUCUUGGGUUUCCACCACAGCUGUUUACAGGACGUGUGUAUUUGAGUACAUACGCAUACCCUUGGCAAGCACAGGCUGAGUGUGUCCGGUGUCCUAGGGACAGCAACAGGUGCAAAAGAAUAACACCCAGUGCCUGUCUUUGAGGUGCUGUAGUUCGGUAGGAGUAAGAAAUGCAAACGACCGCAGAGCAGGCUGAAUUCCUCCAAGGUCCAACGUGGGUGCAGAGGGUCUUUGUGUGCAGGUGCCUUUGGGGCCCCAUAAAGGCCAGGGAGGGUUUAGGGGGAUGGUUCUGGGAGGCGAGGGCUCAGGAACAGCCUCUUUCCUGUGCCCCACUUCUGAAAGUCUCCAUAAACCCCUGUGGCCCACUCUGCCUUCCAGAGAGAGGGGCUGAACUGCGAGGUGGCCACCAACACAGAGGCCCUGCAGAGCGGCAGGACGGAGAUAUGGAGCUCUACAUCUCUGUGCAGAACCUGAGCCGUCCCAGCUCAGCAAGAAAGCAUCGCUGGAGGGCAGCCUGGUGGAGACGGAGGUGUGUUACAGGACCCAGCUGGCCCAGCUGCAGGGGCUCAGCAGAAGCAUGGAACAGCAGCUGUGCGAGCUCUGCUGUGAUGCAGAGCACCGGGACCACGAGCACCAGGUCCUUCUGGACGUGAAGACGCGGCUGGAGCAGGAGAUCGCCACCUAUAGCCGCUUGCUAGAGGUUGAGGACGCCCAGUGAGUGUGCACCCAGGGGAACCUCCUCUGCCAGGGCCUGCCUCUCCCCAGCAGUGCUUGCCGGGGCCUGGGCUGGCUGGCAUCCCUGGGUCGAUGGGUGCUCCUCUCCCUGCAGGCUGGCCACUCAGUACUCCUUGUCCCUGGCCUCGCAGCCCACCCAGGAAGCCACAGUGACCAGCCACCAGGUGUGCCAUCGUGGAGGAAGUCCAGGUUGGAGAGGUGGUCUUCUGUGAGCAGGUCCAUCUCUCCACCCACUGAGGCCCCUUUCUGCCUGUGACAGCCCCACCUCGAGGGUCACGGCACAGCCAUCAGCUCCAGCUCCCAGCAUGCUACUGCCACGCCCCGAGUGUCUGUCUGGGCACCGGUCCAUGACCUGUUGUCUUUCUGUAUCUACUUUCUGCAGCCCCUCACUGAGGAGGCCUCCUGGGUUUGUCCAGUGCCUGCUAUUAAAGCUUUGCUCCAAGUUCAA